GCGUGGUAUUUCGCGCACAGAACGCACGAAACGGAUCCGAAAAAUAACACGACAGGACGUCAACACAUGGCAGGGACUCAUGCCUACAUGCUCGAUUGAGUGGAUUUUUCAACAGAUUUUCCUAUUAUAUUGGUUUCAUGACAGUACCGCGGUCCUCAACACGACGAUGGUACUAUUUAUCAAAACAGAUGGUUUUGAUAUUGUAUCAACAAUAUAUCCAUCACGAAAUAUCUACGUUUUAACUCUUAUCACCUACAAAGUGACCGCGCUAAUAAAUGAACUGAUCUUACUCAAGACUCUCCUCGCUUUUACAAAAGGAAGUAAGUCAUUAUGGUCGUGGCAAGGAGAAUUUCUUUCGUUCAUAACUGAUCGCAGCUAAUUGAAGGGUUAACAAAUAUGUCAUUAGAAUAACUAGAGAGGUAUAAUGGAAUUUACCAAGAACAGAAAAUAUAAAAAAGGUUAAGCUGUCCUAGUGCCUUUCCCAUGGCCCUUGGAGUGUAGGAUAAUACGAAAAAAAGGUCUCGUCAAGGUAUCGUAACUACCAGCUUUUUAAAAGCCUCCUCCAAGAUCGGUUGAAUUCUUAAAGAGGAAACAUUAAUCGCUCAGAUAACGCCCACAGAUAACGGAUAAAACACGUCUUCAUUUUAACACUUCAAAUACAGAAGCUAAAUUGAAAAGCACCCACAUUCGUGUAACAUUCUGAGACCGUCGGCAACACUAGGGGUCAUGCAAAGAUUGGUGAAUAUGAGUUGAUCACUUACGUGGUUUAUAUCGCAGUAUUUUGAGAGUCAACACUAAUGAGCUUGGGGCUAAACUCUUGACAGAGAAGAUUGAGCUUUGGGUUUAAAGGGCUUUGAGUGCGUAUUUGAAAACAGAGCCAUACAGUCUAAGACAUCACUGACGCAAAACACUACUUCUCCAGUACUUUUUAGGACGCUUAAGAAACGCACAGGGGAAUUCGUUUGGGUCACACGGGGGAUUCUGUUUUAUUCUUACUAUUAUUGCAGAGUCGAGUCAUGAGUUGGACUUGUAAGUGAUUUACGGAGGAAGACUCAAGAUUGUUCGCUGACGUCUGUGAUUAGUGAAGCAGGUGAAUCAAGACACGGUUUUAAAAAGACUGGACUUUACACACGGUCUUCCAUCGGAUAAGCCGACCUUGUGUGCAUUGAAGUCUGAGGUCCUCAAGCCCACAUAAGCCAAGACUCACGCAAAAUACCUAUUUUAUACUUUACGCGGAAGGGGAAAUCAUUUACCAUCUUCAAGCGUAUGAAAAGAUAAAGGAAAUCAUUCGACGGAUGGACGAGUUAAAAACCGCGAAUUUUGAAUACGAAAGUCGUUUUUUUUUAUUCAAAGUGCCUUAUCCGGCACAAAACAACCUAAUCAUUUCACGGAAUCGUGACUGCUGCAAGGUAAAAAUAGUAAUCGUUGUUGAAAGUAUCGUUUCUAUGAAGUGCUGGGUUUAGGUGUUGUUGAGGAGAAUAAAACUGCUCACGGAGACUGUGGGAACAUUUGCAACGUCGGAGAAAAGGGUGACAGAAAGACCUGGGCAUCAGCUUUUCCAAUCGUCGCCUUGAAGGGACUCACGGUUACUAAUCGCGAUAAACCCAAGAUAGGAAAGCGGACAUUCUUCGAUCUAAGAGGAUUUAUCAGCCAUUGGCGAAAAUAGCGAGCUCAAGUAGGCUGUCAAAGUCCUUACGGCUUACGAAAGUAGAGCACAAUUCCACGCAUUAAGAUUUUAAGAUAGAAGAGCGGAAAAUAGACACAUUCUUAGAAGUAUUAGCAAACGAGAGCAGACAAUAAAUUACAGAGUUUGCAGAAGUGCUCCUGGGUGAAAGUGUCCUUUGCGACUACACAUAAAACCUGGUUCGUGACAACACGCACGAUCUAGAAAACCACGCCUCUUUAUAUAUUAAUUGCCGUUGGUGUGUACCCCAAGUUAUCAUGUUGUCAAACAAUACAACGUGGAACGGCAGCUUCCCUUCCCGAGAUUUAUAUGGAGUAGGAAGAGGAGCGCCUAAUGUCGAGUUCACACUUAUCAUGUUGUCUCUAAUCAUUCUUGUUGGGCUGGUCGGGAAUUCUCUGGUCGUGGCCGUCGUCGUGUGCAUAUCGCACAUGCGAACCACGACAAAUUUCCUCCUGCUCAACGUAGCGGCGUCAGAUAUAGUGACUCUUCUGCUAACGCUUCUCCAUGUAGGAGUAGCAGCCGCCGCCAUUACAUCCAAGAAAACGCCUUCAGGAUCCCUGUGGUGCAAGCUUAUUCAACCCAACACCCUUGCUAACGUAGCGCUACUCGCUACAGGUCUCACUCUUAUGGUACUAAGCGUGGAGCGCUACAACGCUCUGGUGAAACCCAUGCGACUGUCACGCAGAUUGACAAGAUCCAACGUUCAUUACGUCAUCGCUGGGAUCUGGUUGGUUUCCAUGGUGAUGGCAUUGCCCAUGCUUGUGUACUUGGAUAAAGAUCCGGUAACCGGGCAAUGCUCACCGGGAGAAAAAAUGCAGGAGUUGUACAUCUCGCUGACCGUGAUUGUGGUCUUCAUGACCAUUGCUCCUUUCCUGGUCAUCGCGUUUUCGUAUUUCCAGAUAAUCUACGGGCUGUAUUUCAACAAUACCAUCUGCAACACCCAUGCGCCUGGGUUACAAAGGGAGGACAUCCUGGCGAAGAGAAAACUUGUCAAGCUGCUCAUUACUGUCACGGUGGCGUUCUUCGUGGCGUUUGUACCGUACGGAGUCACGACAAUACUCAGGUUCAAUCUGAGCGCUGUACACAACGCCAAGCAGCUGGCGAACAUCCGGCAACUCACCAAGGUCAUGGCGUACCUCAUUCCAAUCCAUUCUUCCAUCAAUCCAUUCCUGUACGCGUUUCAGAGUAGAAAUUAUAAAGAAGGGUUCAAAAAUGUCCUAAGCAAACUUAUCAAAUGGCGAAAGGAGACGAAUAACAACUACCAAAGUAGCUUCCGGUCGGGGCGCUAUUCCACACAAGUUAGCACAUCGACUACGCUAUAGCUCACAACCGAAGCCACUGUGUGACUAUAACUCAGCUUGCAUCCAACAUGGCAUAGGCUUAUCACGUGAACGAGAGGCUACUGACAAAGGGAACAAGUAAAAGAAGAACAUGAACCGAGGUCGAAACAAGAAAAACGAGUAUUUUGUCAUCCUUCGAAUGAGGAAGUACGCACGCGGUGGCACAAAAAGGUGAACAUGAAAUAUAUUUGACCAAACCCUCGAAAUGGAUCAAUCAUUAUACUUUGAAGGUUCUUCAUUUAGUUCCGACAGGCUGUUAGUAUAACGAUUAGACAUAUUUCAGUGUAACAGCACGUUCACAGAGGCGGAUCCAGAAGUUUAAAAAAGGGGGGGGCGGGGCGAAGCAAAAGUUUCAAGAAAGGGGGAGCCGGACUUAUUCUUCUUCCGUAUAUUUCCUUAUAUUUCUGGUUAUUUUGAAGCCAAAUGUCUGAAAAUAAGGGGGGCCCUAGCCCCCCCUAGAAAUGCCCCUGGUUUCCUUUUCAUUUGGAAACUGUAGCAUUUUAUCAUUGUGCUUUUAAACACUUACACGGCUUCAAAAAUACUCUCGAGGGAGAUAGUGACCAGAGUCGCUGCAGGCUAAUACAGAGACAUAACGAAUACUGUUAGGGGUACCAUCACGCCCCAACUGGUCGUGUUCUUAAAAAAAUAUGAAAUUAUUGGGGCGCGUUGCCCUGCCACGGCCCUGUUACUGAUGUAUUCUCUAAAAUAAGUACUUUUUAUAGAGUAUAGCAUUAUGUAAAUUCAUUCAUGGACAGUAGAGCCAUUCAUGGCAAACAGUCUAGAUACUAUCUGAAGGUCACUUCACAUCAACUAAAACGUAUCUACAAUAGGCAAAUAUAAUGGUUGAUAAAAUAGAAUGCUUGCAGUCGGUACUCGGUAUUAUUAUUGCGAAAACCCUCUCGGUUCGGUGAUCGGGCGCCAUCUUGUAUUUUAAGCCGCGUUUGCGCUCCAGGAACCACGCGACUUAAAAUACAAGAUGGCGCCCGAUCACCUAACGGAGAGGAUUUUCCGCGAUGAUAACACCGAGUACCCCAGGCUAUUGAUAACAUGAUUUCUAAAUCAAAUACAUACUCAAUAUGCCAUUUUUUUUUAAUGAAAACGCAAUAACCUCCCACUAUUCAAUGUCGGUGACAAGGGUUUAUGGUGUCAGAAUACAGCAUUGAAGGGGGUGGGGGGUUCCUUGCAAAGAGGGGCUGGGUACAAAGGUGUUAUACAAGAAAUACGACGUGAACACAUGAAAAGCUUUUUCCAUUUAAAAAAAAAUAUUAACAUAUAAUUCGCUGAUUGUAUAUCAUCGAGAUGCGAAUACGUUGCGUCUCAUCAGAAAUUAACUAUGAGGAAUUACAGCAGUUAUGUCCAAGUUUAGUGGGUAGAAAGCAGGUAUCAUAAGCUACUGUUUGUAGGUAAGAGCGCUGUAAAGCUCCAUACAAAGAGACGUACGUAAACAGACAGAGUUAGAAACAAAGAGGGAGACGGACACAGACAGAAAGACACGGGAGGAAACAGACAGACGGAUAGUCUGACGGACACAGACAGAAAGACACGGAAGGAUACACAGACAGACGGAUAGUCUGACGGACACAGACAGAAAGACACGGAAGGAUACACAGACAGACGGACAGACGGAUAGUCUGGCGGACACAGACAGAAAGACACGGAAGGAUACACAGACAGACGGAUAGUCUGACUGAUACAGAGAGAAAGACACGGAAGGAUACACAGACAGACGGAUAGUCUGACGGACACAGACAGAAAGACACAGAAGGAUACACAGACAGACGGAUAGUCUGACGGAAACAGAGAGAAAGACACGGAAGGAUACACAGACAGACGGAUAGUCUGACGGAUACAGAGAGAAAGACACGGAAGGAUACACAGACAGACGGAUAGUCUGACGGAUACAGAGAGAAAGACACGGAAGGAUACACAGACAGACGGAUAGUCUGACGGACACAGACAGAAAGACACGGAAGGAUACACGACAGACGGAUAGUCUGACGGAAACAGAGAGAAAGACACGGAAGGAUACACAGACAGACGGAUAGUCUGACGGAAACAUCACAUGAGCAUGCACAAAAAAUCGAACACUAAAUACGCCAAAUGUGAAUGCGUUUAUUGAAUAUCUUAAUUAAUUAUAUAUGAUUACAUUCAGUCGAUUAACAGGCGAUACAGGUUUUCAUAAUAAAUAGUAUAAUAGCAUGAUAAAAAUUAUAUAAGGUUCAGACCCUGUUGGGACAAUUAUAGACGUCAAGGUCAACGGGGUAUUCUCAAGACGCGGGAGGGGGUAUACAACAACACGGAAGAAUGGACGGCUAGAAAUGUAUAACAAUGUGUACAGUUCAGAUAUUGGGUUACUCAUAGUCUUUACCCGACCAUCAUAUACCCCCUCCCAGCCCUACCGCGGGUACCCUGUGGACGUGCUUGUAAAUCUGCCUUAGUUACUUCUACGUCAUUCUCUACAGGGCGAAUAAAGAAUCAUGUGUCUA